AUGGAGAGAAAUGCCAUCAUCGAGAGGGUGACACAGCCCACCGACUGGUGUGCACCCAUGGUGCCAGUCUUGAAGAAGUGCACAGGUAAAGCCCACAUCUGUGUUGAACUCAGGCUGAAUGAGGCUGUGAAGAGAGAACAAUUCACCUUCGAGUGGCUACCAUUCGGAAUUAUGAGCAUACCUGAAAUCUUCCAGAGGAAGAUGAUGGAGACCCUGCAAGGGCUGGAGGGCGUUGAGGUCUUCAUGGAUGACAUUCUUGUCUAUGGGGCUACAGAGGAGGAGCAUGACAGUCGCCUGGAGAAGGUAAUGCAGCGCAUAGAGAUGGCUGGUUUGAAGCUCAACUGUGAGAAGUGCUCCAUCAGGCAGAGUCAGCUGUGGUUACUCGGGCAUCUCAUUGACCGGUCUGGGAUCUGGCCUGUCCCUGAAAAGCCCAGUGUAAGGACCAGAGGGGAUAACCUUUCAGCUGACUGGACCUCAGCCCCAGGAAGUAGUGUCAAACAGGAGGCUGAAAGGAGUUUAUGCACUGAAAAGACCUCAGGAAAAUCCAAGAUGGCUGCCAAAAGGAAAGGUGGCCUAAAACUCAAUGCUAUCUGUGCCAAGCUGAGCCGCCAGGUGGUGUUUGACAGCAGCUCCCAGAACGCAGAGGGAGAGCAGAGUGUAGCGGAGAACAGCGAGCGCAGCAGCUCCCACUGCGACGACAAUGAGACCAACUUCCCCGAGAGCCUGAGCCUCAGUCAGAGCCUCGAGGAUGACCAGAGGAGACGUGAGGCCAUCGAGAAGUGGGUCAAUGGCGAGUAUGGCGAUGAACCACUGGCGCCCGACUGCAGGGAAGAACAGGAGCAUGGACUCAAAGUCAGGAAUGACGAAGAUGGCCCCCCAGAGGGGGUGUACAUGGUACAGCCCAAAGGCUGCAGUGAUGAAGAAGACAAUGGGGAUGAACCUGAGGCCAUGCUGGGCUCCCAGGAUGGCAGUUACCAUGAUGACAAAGACUCCGAAGACGGGCCUCCCAAAGAGGAUGUCUACAUGCCACCAGGCGAGGCCCAGAGCCACCAAGCACCCUUCUCCUCUCCAGGAGAAGCCUCUGCUCUGCGAGACUAUGCAGCCAAUACCAUGAAUGAGUUUUUGGGAAUGUUUGGAUAUGAUGACCAGCAGGUAAGGGACGAGCUGACCAAGAAAAUCAGCUUUGAGAAGCUCAAAGCCCCUACCUCAGACUCUGCCUCCCUGAGCAGCGAGGAGGCCUCGCGGCGUGCCCGCUUCUCCAAGUAUGAAGAGUACAUCCGCAAGCUGAAGGCCGGUGAGACCGUACCUUGGCCCAUGCAUCCUUCCCCACCCAAACCAGAGGACCUCAACUCCAAACUGACUCAAGACAAGAGCACUGCCAUGCUCCAAACCUCUGGAUGCCUCCCAGGAGCUGAGGCCCAGAUCUACCCUUCUAACCUGGAGAGCCACAAACAGCCUGGAGGACCCCAGCUGAGCACCCCUCAGCAGCCCAACCACUCUCACAUCCAGAACAUGGCUUCCCGAACCUCCAAGUACGAUUUCUUUAUCCAGAAGCUGAAGAUGGGUGAGAGUCUGCGGCAGCAAAAUGGCAACACAUACAAGCGGCCCUCCAAGUAUGACCUGGAGAACGUCAAGUUCCUGCACCUCUUCAAGCCAGGUGAAGGAAACCCUGAUAUGGGUGGUGCCAUCGCCUUCAAGACUGGUAAAAUGGGCCGCCCCUCCAAGUACGACGUCAGGAACAUUCAGAAGCUGAUGCCUGGGAAGCCCGAGGCCUCACUGAUGCCAAAUGUCCUCGCUGCAACACCAGGAACCCCAGGCACUGCGGGUGUCCCCGCCGUGGGUGCAGCUGGGGCUAGCGUUGCCCCAGGGCUGGUAAUGGACCAGACAGGGCACAUGACCUUCAACACCCCUGACUACUUAAAGUCCAGCUUCUCCAAGACUGACUCCAUCACCACAGGCACUGUGUCCUCUGUCAAGAAUGGCCUGCCACCAGAAAAGCCUGCCGCUGACGACGUCAACCUCUACCAGAAAUAUAUCGCCAGGUUCUCCGGAAGUCAACACUGUGGACACGUGCACUGUGCCUAUCAGUAUAGAGAGCAUUACCACUGCAUGGACCCCGAGUGCAACUACCAGAGGUUUACCAGCAAGCAGGAUGUAAUCAGGCACUACAACAUGCACAAGAAGAGGGACAACUCCCUGCAGCACGGUUUCAUGCGCUUUAGCCCCUUGGAUGACUGCAGUGUCUACUACCACGGCUGCCACCUCAAUGGGAAGAGCACCCACUACCACUGUAUGCAGGUGGGUUGCAACAAAGUGUACACAAGCACCUCUGAUGUCAUGACACACGAGAACUUCCACAAGAAGAACGCGCAGCUGAUCAAUGACGGCUUUCAGAGGUUUCGUGCCACCGAGGACUGCGGCACGGUGGAGUGUCAGUUCUAUGGGCAGAAGACCACCCACUUUCACUGCAGGCGCCCGGGCUGCACCUUCACCUUUAAAAACAAGUGUGACAUCGAGAAGCACAAAAGCUAUCACAUCAAGGAUGACGCCUACGCCAAGGACGGCUUCAAGAAGUUCUACAAGUAUGAGGAGUGCAAGUAUGAGGGCUGUGUGUACAGCAAGGCCACCAACCACUUCCACUGCAUCCGCUCAGGCUGCGGCUUCACCUUCACCUCCACCAGCCAGAUGACCUCACACAAGCGCAAGCAUGAGCGCCGCCACAUCCGCUCCUCAGGUGUCAUCGGCCUCUCCUCCGCCUUCUUGGCAUCUAAGGAUGAGCCGGAAGAAUCGAGCAACGACGAUUUGGUGGACUUCUCAGCCAUCAGCAGCAAGAACUCCAGCCUGAGCGCCUCGCCCACCACCCAGCAGUCCACCACCGUACCUCACCUGCUAGCCACACCCACCACUGCCGUCUCCUCCUCCCCAUCAGGCCACACCCUGAAGCCCACGACCUCGCUGUCCAAUGUGAGCCAGCGCAUGUCCAGUCUGCUUUCCCAGGCCUUGCCCAGUAACAUGCCCGUGGCCCUGGCUCUUUCCAACAAUGCCUUGGCUGCCUCCAACCCCUUCUUUCCCAUCAUGCCCAGGCUGCCUCUUCAGCUCCCCCACUCGGCUGUCAGUUUGAUGUCAGCCGUCUCUUCUGGUGCCCACUCUAUGUCCACCGACUCGCUGACCCAGGGCUGCUCCACAGUGGGGACGGAUGGGGCAAUGGUGUCGACCCCAACCUCUUUCGCUACCUCCUCCAUCAUGGAGAAGAUCUCGGCGAGCAAGGGGCUGAUAUCACCCAUGAUGGCCAGACUGGCAGCUGCUGCCCUCAAACCAUCCAACAACCCAGACACAGGAAACGGUCAGCCCGCUCCGGCGAGCCGGUUCAGUCUGGUUCAAGUGAAGCAGGAGCCGGUGGACGCCAACUCCGGGGCCUCCCAGGACGCCAUGCAAGAGCACAGCUUGGACCUGAGCAAGAAAGACCACAGUAAUGAAUCAAACGGACACCCUGUACCGGGGAAUACAUCUCUUUUAUCCUCGCUUAUGAAUAAGAUGUCACAGGUGAACCCUGCCCUCUUCAACGCCAUGAACAUGAAGACAGAACUGGAGGCAGGCCAAGGUGCAGACACGUCAGAGGCAGCUCAGUACCUCAGCAGAAUCAUGAAGAGGCCCCUGCCAGAAAAACACACAGAGAUCUGGAGAACAUAUCUACGCAGGUUUGACACAGAUGACUUCUGUGAGGCUCAGUGUGACUUCCUGCAGAAGGUCCACUUCCACUGUUUGGUGGAGGAUUGUGGAGCACUCUUUAGCACAGUGGACGGAGCCAUCAAACAUGCUAACUUCCACCUCCGAGCCAACCUGAAGGUAAAAUCAGAGCCAGCUUUCAAUGACGCUAAGGAGUCUGGUGAAGGGGCUCCUCUCCAGCCUGCCGCUCCUAUCUCCAUGGCCAACAACCCCUCUAUGGACGUGGCCAGUCUCACUUCCACUGGUGGCUACGGCUCAGCUCCACCUUCCUUGCUGGCAUGGAAACAGCUGACAGGCAGCAUCCCCCAGAUGCCCGCCUCCAUGCCCAACCUGCCAGCCAACUCCCCUCUGGCUACCACCUCUCUGGAGAAUGCCAAGCCCCAGGUCAAACCCGGCUUCCUGCAGUUUCAGGAAAAUGAUCCCUGUUUGGCUACUGACUGCAAGUACUCCAAUAAGUUUCACUUCCAUUGCUUGUUUGGGAACUGCAAAUAUGUGUGCAAGACCUCGGGCAAGGCCGAGUCCCACUGUUUGGACCACAUCAACCCCAACAACAACCUGGUCAACGUGCGCGACCAAUUCUCCUACUAUUCUCUGCAGUGUCUCUGUCCCAACCAGCACUGUGAGUUCAGAAUGAGGGGCCACUACCACUGUCUGCGGCCGGGCUGCUUCUUCGUCACCAACAUCACCACCAAGCUGCCCUGGCACAUCAAGAAGCAUGAGAAGGCAGAGCGCCGUGCUGCCAACGGCUUCAAAUAUUUCACCAAGAGAGAGGAGUGCGGCAGAAUGGGCUGCAAGUACAACCAGCUGAACAGCCAUUUUCAUUGCAUUCGCGAGGGUUGCCAGUUUUCCUUCCUGCUCAAGCACCAGAUGACGUCCCACGCUCGCAAACACAUGAGGCGGAUGCUGGGGAAGAACUUUGACAGGGUCCCGUCACAGGUGAUGCCCCUCGGCCAGAGGGUGGACGAGAUGCAGCAAAUGUCCGGCAUGUCAGGCUCUAUGGCCGCACAGCAUGGCAUGACCUCCAACUUCUCCAACAUGAUGGAUGAGACAGAUGACUAUAUGGACUACAUGGGUGGAGGCAGCCCGCUGGGCCUCUCCUCUGAGUCCUCCAACCAGGACCGCAGCUGCACCAGCACCCCCGUGGGCAACGAGGGCUCCCCGGCAGGACAAGGCUGCCCCGUCACCACUUCUGCUCCUUCCACCCCUGCUGACACUAGCGCUCCCCAAAAUGCACCUCCUCCUCAAAAUGCUCCUCCUCCACCACCACCACCUCCUCUUCCUCCUCCUCCAGCUCUCCCCACUCUCCCCGCUCCCUCUGCCCCGCACCCUGGCCUCCAGUCGCAGGCCCCCUCCCUACCUCCCGCCCUCCUCCGCCCUCCUCUCCCUUCACUCCCAUACCUCCUCUCUCCAUCCUGUCUGUCAUACUCUCUGCUCAGCGCCUCUCUGGGAGCCACUCGGAGUGUUGUCAUGCCAACCAACACACCAGCUUUCAGCCCCAUCAUUGCCACUCCGUCUCCGGUUAAAAAUGACGUCCCUAUAGUUCAGGAUGCUGCAGGAAACACUAUCUCUAUCCCCACGGCCACAGGCGCUAAAAAGCGCUUCUGGAUCAUUGAGGACAUGUCACCCUUUGGCAAGCGGCGCAAGACGGCCUCGUCACGUAAAAUGCUCGAUGAGGGGAUGAUGCUGGAGGGCUUCCGACGCUACGACCUGUAUGAGAACUGCAAGGACUCAGGCUGUCAGUUCUCCCUGAAGGUGACCCACUACCACUGUACGCGCGAGAACUGCGGCUACAAGUUCUGCGGCCGCACCCACAUGUACAAGCACGCGCAGCACCACGACCGUGUGGACAACCUGGUCUUGGAUGACUUCAAGCGCUUUAAGUCUUCACUCAGCUGCAACUUCGCUGACUGCCAAUUCUCAGGCAAUAGCACCCACUUCCACUGCUUGCGCUGCGGCUUCCGCUGCACCGACAGCACCAAGGUGACGGCUCACCGCAAGCACCAUGGCAAGCAAGACGUGAUCAGUGCUGCCGGAUUCUGCCAGUUCAGCUCCAGCGCCGACUGUGAGGUCGCCGACUGCAAGUACAAGCUCAAGUGCUCGCACUUCCACUGCACCUUCCCCGAGUGUAAGCACACCGUGGUGGGUAUGUCUCAGAUGGACUCCCACAAGCGCAAGCAUGAGAAGCAGGAGCGUGGCGAGCUGCCGUCCGUGUCCCCAAACCAGGAGGGGCCACACCACCUGGGAGGAAGCGUGUCAGUGGUCCCGCCAGCCUCUAUUGGUCUUCCCUCUCCCUCCACAGGGGGCCUCCAUGCGAUCUCCCUUAACAAUAACACCAACGCACCCUCGAUGCUCUACACAGCAGGCAGCAUGGCAUCCGAGUACAACCACACAUACCCACCUUCCUCAGUCAGCCUGGACAGCUCGCUCAACCUGAGAACAGACACCAGCAGCUCGCUGUUCUUCCUGAAGAAUGCAGUUGGCCUGGGCCUCAACGACUCACUGGACCUCAGCAAAAAGUUGCAACGCGACUCAGCUGUGGCCAUGGGCUCCGGACCUAACCCCAUGCCCCGCCUUGGUCUACAGGCACCUCAGGACGAAACCACAGGAACGUCUGGAGAUGCCGAGGAUGACAUGUCACCGGAGGAGGAGGCAAACGCGGAGGAGGACGACGACGACGAUGAGGAUGAUGAUGAAGAGGAGGACGAGGACGAGGCAGAGGAAGAUCUCAACACUGACUCAUAUGAAGAUUCGAUGCCUGAGCCCGACGGCGAAAAGGACAAUGGCGUUAGUUUUGAUGCUUCCGUUAACAAUACUGACACUUCCCAACUGGAAAAGCAAGAGGCUGACCCUUGAAAAAUCCGGACUUAAGGAACUGAAAAAAAAAAAAAACAUUGAAAAAAAAUUUUGUGUACUAUGAACAACCAGAAAUUUAAGUGGCCUCAUUUAUCAUGUUUAGAGACAGUUCAGAUGACAACAACGGGGAGAGAGAAAAAAAGAAAAAAACAGCAAGUGGAGAAAUGACGGCCUGAAAUGAUUUAUUAUGAUGUUUACAAGAUGACCAACAUUAUUAAUUCAAUUAUGCAUUAAAAUAAGAAAACGAAUGGAGACACAAAGAGUUAGGGCCCUCUUUUAUACACGGGGCAGCAAUGUAAACAAUUUACUACACAUCAGUCUUUUUUGUGUGCGUGCAUGUUUGACUUUAAUUUAUUUUACUUUUUGUUUUCACUUUUUUGUGUGUGGCAAAAAAAAAUAUAAGAAAAACAAAAACAAAUCUCUCUAUAUAACUAUAUAUGUAAGUGUGUGUGCGUGUGCGUGCGUGUGUGUGAUAUACAAAGGAAAUUGCUGUUUGCAGUCGACAUGAACUGCAACCACCCUGGUUACCUAUAAAAAAGGGAAGUAAAUCACCGAGGGGAAAUUACGAAACAGAAUGUGUUCAAACAUUUGAUCUUUUUACCUGUAUUAUUAUUAAUAUUGUUAUUAUUAUUAUUAAUAUCAUCAUUGCUAUUACACACUGAGAGCAAGGGUUUACAUGUUGCUUUGGCUUGUGCCCAUCUCUCCAGUUCACCAGUUGCAAGGUGUUUUAAUUUGUUCUUCUUCUAUGAAACGUGGAGUUGACCAGUGACUGCAUGGUCAGUCUCGGCCGCAGGCGGGCAUCCGCUUGGCGCGGUCGGCGAGCUGUCGAUAUAUAUAAACAAUUCUCUCUGACAUUCUGCUAGAUAUGCUCACCUAGCACCACCAUCAAGCUCAGCCCUUGUAAUUUUAUCCCUAUGUCCCGUGUUGAGGAAUCAAAAGUUUGUGUAUGGAUAGUGCACUUUUUAUAUUAGCUGACAAUGAUGGCGAGGAUCGAUAACUCCAAACAUUAUAUUUAAAAGAUAUUUUUGUUACCGUUUGCAUUCAUCGCAUCACGAUUUCAUUAUUUGUUUGUCCUGUCGGUUCGGAUGCAUAUCGAUUUUUUUUGUGAGCGGGCGAGGGUCGUGACUUCACGGCCGACCGGUUGAGGGGUCAGCCUUCCCAUUGGAGGUGAGGAGUCACUCGGAUGCAGCGUCGGUGUUUUAUCUUUGAAAUGUACAGACCCAAAAUGACGUCUCAACGGCAUUUUUUUUUCUUUUCUUUUUUUUUCUUUUUUUUUUGUUUUUUGUUUUGUUUUCCAUUCACUAUGGCUGUGGUUGCGCUCCUGUUGUAACGGUUUUUAUUUAAUAUUUAUGUGACCUUCCAAUGAGAAAUUUUUAGGGUGUUAUUGCACUUUUUAGGUUCAUUUUUACCUUCUGAAAAAAAAAGGACGUAUAUCUUUUAACAGGGAAUUUGCUUUAAGAUGUUGUUUUAGUUCACUUUGCUUUGAUGCACAAAUAGAUGUUAGUGUGACAAAGAACUGUUGUUCUGUGGUUUAUUUAAAAGACUGCUUUUAUUUGCUUCGAUUGAUUGGUCGGUUUUCAAAAUGAGAGAGGGGGGCGCGCCAGAGAGACGGCGGGCCCCGGCAUAAAAACACUAAUACGAACUGUGAUUUCAAAUUGAUUCUCCAGAAGAUCAUGGAAAGGUGCAGAUACUGUAGUACUAAAUUACGAACCUGUCAAAUCCACCCUCUGGUUUCUAUCGAUCGGAUGUGCGGGACCGAGGGGUGAACAUGGUGACCAUGAAUUCUCUCCUGAACUUGGCGUGGGAAUAUUAAAUCAUCACACCGUAGGGAACAAUGUGUGCAGAUGGUAUUCCUCCAGAUAUUGUUUUGAGAAGAAAGAAAAAAAAAAGGUUGUACAGUAUUUUCUUCUGUAUAAAAUAACUAUAUAUGAACAAAAUGCUCUUUGAUGAACAGCUUCCUUUAAAAAGAAAACCAUAAAAAAGGAGAAAUGAAUAAUAAAAAGUUAAAAAUUGAAA